AUGGGCUGUCGGGAUGUCCACGCAGCCACAGUCCUUUCCUUCCUGUGUGGAAUCGCUUCAGUAGCAGGCCUCUUUGCAGGGACUUUGCUUCCCAACUGGAGAAAAUUACGAUUGAUCACAUUCAACAGAAAUGAGAAGAACCUGACUGUUUACACAGGCCUGUGGGUGAAAUGUGCCCGGUAUGAUGGGAGCAGUGACUGCUUGAUGUACGACACUACUUGGUACUCAUCAGUUGACCAGCUGGACCUGCGUGUCCUCCAGUUUGCCUUACCCCUCAGCAUGCUGAUUGCAAUGGGUGCCCUGCUGCUCUGCCUGAUUGGAAUGUGCAACACUGCCUUCAGGUCCUCGGUUCCCAACAUCAAACUGGCCAAGUGUCUGGUCAAUAGUGCAGGUUGCCACCUGGUGGCUGGGCUGCUAUUUUUCCUGGCAGGUACUGUGAGCCUCUCCCCAUCUAUCUGGGUCUUCUUUUAUAACAUCCAUCUGAACAAGAAGUUUGAGCCAGUCUUUUCAUUUGACUAUGCAGUGUAUGUCACUAUUGCUAGUGCUGGGGGCCUGUUCAUGACUUCCGUUAUACUGUUUAUUUGGUAUUGUACAUGCAAAUCUUUGCCUUCUCCUUUCUGGCAACCACUGUACUCCCAUCCACCCAGUAUGCAUACUUAUUCACAGCCUUAUUCAGCACGCUCUCGCCUCUCUGCCAUUGAAAUUGACAUUCCAGUAGUUUCACACGCCACUUAAUGGGGAAAUAGUUAAUUGUUAAAACUUCUUGUAGCCUCACAUUCCCCUUGUGCAAGGAGCUCUUUUAGACCUAUAUACAUUUUCCUUUGUUUUUGACCAGUUAUUGAAGCCAAAUUUGUAUGUCCUGGUAGAAUGAAGUGCUGCUAGUUUUUAUGAGAAGUACAUUAUAUUAAAUGUGAAUUUUUUAUUUUGCUUCUUAUACUGGAAGGGAUUGUAGCCUUCGUAUUGAUAUCUAACCAAUUAUAUAAGUGGAAAAGGUCUGCAUCACAAUUGAGAUGAUUUAAAGCAACAUGUUAAAGAAUGAUGGUUAACAGAAACUCUUGUAUACAAUCUUCAUGAACAUUUCAGUGCGUAUUUUUUUUUUCUACAAUACCUUUAACUGCACAAAAAAAAAAAAGCAGUUUCAAAUAUAAGAAAUUUAUUUCAGGCAAAGGUAAUAUUUUAAUAGUAGUCAAUAAUCUAGCUUAAGGUUGUAACUCUUCUUCUCUCUUGGGGCUAAUUGUAUGAAUAGGUGCCAGUAUGUUGAAAAUUACUUUUGUGAGUUUCUUCUACCUCAUGCCAGUGUUUAAAAGUAAAAUGUAUUUUAAAUGAUGUUAGAAUAAGACUAACAUUGUAAAUAUCUGCUACUUACAAAUGACAUGUAACAAUUUUAGUAUUAAUGAUUCCACAAAUUACAUUAUUGGUAUUAAACUGUGCUUUAUGACAGGUUAGUGUUUCCUCCAUGAAAAUCCUUUUUUGGAGAUAUCAUUCAUCAGGCAGCACUCAUGCCCGUAUACAGUCUCUUACUGGCUAAGAGAAAUAAAUAAAAAAGGGCCAUAAUAGUUUGUUCUCUUUCACACAUAAUUUAAUAUGGGACAAGAAGUCUGUUCUUCAGUGACUGCACUAGAGAUUUACUCUGGUAACUGCCUUUUGAGUUAUGGGUGAAGUAAGGUAUGGCCUUACCAUAAUCUUGAUUCAUUCACCCUUGAUCAAUUUCCCACCCCCGUCACUGAUUAUUUCCUUGAGCAUAUAUCUCUGCCUAACACUUUAUUAGGUGCUAUAGAGGAUACGUGAGAAGUAUGAGAUUGGUCCCAUCCAGUAAGACAUUUUAAUAGAGAAGAUCAAAAUGUUACCUGACAGUUUGGAACAGUCUAACUUCGUUGACAGUUGGCCUUAACUUCUUAAUCAUUGAUCCAGGAAUAUAUUUCAACCAGAAACACGAAUUUCUGGCAAACAGACAAAUUGUACAAUACCAACAAUAUCCUGGACCUUGGAAUUCUGUUUACUUCACUCCAUUGUAUCCUUAAGGCACCUGUGUUAGCCUAGAUUUUGUAAUAACACUCUUUUAUGAGAAUGGGCAAAAGUGGUAGAAAAAUUAAAUUGUUUCCUCACCACUUCUGAAAGUAUGAUGAUGUAUUAAGGAAGGAGGAGUUUUUAAAAGUAUCUCUUCUGAUGAGGUAACAAUUAGAUGAAACCAUGGUAAAACUGAGGUGAACACUUAGAAAUUCAGGGAUAUUGGGUCUUUAGCCUUAUGAAUUUGAGCUGCUUAUUUAAUUGGUGUAAUUUGCUACAUAUUAGUACUAUAUUCAUAAGGAUUUUUUAUUAAUCAUUACAUAUUUUACACAUAGCUAGUUGUAUGGUAAACAGAUUAUUAUACUUUUUGCAAAUCUGAAUAUGAUUCUAGUUAGUAUUUGUGUAGAUGUAUUUGGUCCUUUUUCCCCUAAUUCCAACACUAGUUUAUAUAUAUAGCAAAUAAAUCUAGUUGUAUACAUUUUUAAAUACCAUCGGUAGAAAGCACACAAGCCUAUGGUUUUUUUCAGUUAAUAGCUUCUGAUUUCUUUCACUUUUCACUUUUCUCAGAUGUAGCGGAGUCUUGAUCAUUUUAAGACAGUGGUGGGUAGAAUUUUGAGAUGAAUAUUACUUUUUUUCCCUUUUUGUUAAUUAAUUUCAGUCCUCUCUCACUGUGCUUUUGUCCAGAAGGAUCAAAAAUUCUACCAUACCCUGGGUCUUUGUGUAUAAACAAUGUUAAAGAAAGGUAGACUCAGCUAUUAAGACAUUAGACAGUUUUUUUAGUCCAUGGGAUUGUACAUAUAAACAUGAAGCUUUCCUAUAAGAAUCUUUUGGCUUUGUAAUCUUUAGUCUCAAGUUGGUAUUUAUUAUGGAUUCACUAGACAAACAGCAGUUUCCUUAUUGUCUUUUUUCUUUAGUGUUUCUGAUGUGCUAUCCAUAGCUAUUUUUAAAGCCAUCAAAGGAAAAUAAUUAUUUACAGUUUUUGAAGUCACUUUGGAGCCUUCAUCAAGCUCUCAUUGUGAUGGGAGGGAUGGGAUACCUUUUGUUGUUAAAAGCCAAUUAAUGUUAAAGGCCUUUUAUGGAAGCCAACUUGGAAAACAACCUUAAAUGUGGAUGUAUCAGGUUUGGUUUAUCCAGCCAUGGGAGAGAAAACAAACCUAAGUUUACUUUACUUGUACAUAAUACACACUACGAUGUUUGCUGUAAACUACAAUGUAAAACCUCAAUAAAAGUGCACUGUACUUCUGGAUGUUUAUUAAAAGAUGAUGUAUUUUUACAA